UAUAACAUCGGCACUCAUACACAGUCUUGCAGUUAGUUGGACCGAAAAAUGUUCGCCGUACGUGCCGCCGCUAAAACCGAUAAGAAUUUGCUGCCAUUCUUGGGGCAAUUGUCUCGCAGCUAUGCCGCUAAGGCUGCUGUUAAGACAGCUGGAGUCGCCAGUGGCAAGAUUGUUGCCGUUAUUGGUGCCGUCGUUGACGUCCAGUUCGGCGAUGAUUUGCCACCAAUCUUGAACGCCUUGGAGGUCGAUCAGCGCUCGCCUCGCUUGGUGCUUGAGGUUGCUCAGCAUUUGGGUGAGAACACCGUGCGUACCAUCGCUAUGGACGGUACCGAGGGUUUGGUGCGUGGACAGAAGGUUAACGAUACUGGAUUCCCCAUCCGUAUUCCCGUCGGCGCUGAGACUUUGGGCCGCAUCAUCAACGUGAUUGGUGAGCCCAUCGAUGAGCGCGGUCCAAUCCCAACUGAUAAGACCGCUGCCAUUCACGCUGAAGCUCCCGAAUUCGUGGACAUGUCCGUGGAGCAGGAGAUUCUGGUCACCGGUAUUAAGGUGGUGGAUCUGUUGGCCCCCUAUGCCAAGGGCGGUAAGAUUGGCCUGUUUGGCGGUGCUGGUGUCGGCAAAACUGUAUUGAUUAUGGAGCUGAUUAACAACGUUGCCAAGGCUCACGGUGGUUACUCCGUGUUCGCUGGUGUUGGUGAACGCACCCGUGAAGGAAAUGACUUGUACAAUGAGAUGAUUGAGUCUGGUGUCAUUUCCCUGAAAGACAAGACCUCGAAGGUCGCCCUUGUGUACGGUCAGAUGAACGAGCCCCCAGGCGCCCGUGCCCGUGUCGCUCUGACUGGUCUCACCGUUGCCGAAUACUUCCGUGAUCAGGAGGGUCAGGAUGUGUUGCUUUUCAUUGACAACAUUUUCCGUUUCACUCAAGCCGGUUCCGAGGUGUCUGCCCUGCUGGGUCGUAUCCCCUCGGCUGUGGGUUACCAGCCAACUUUGGCCACUGAUAUGGGUACUAUGCAGGAGCGUAUUACCACAACCAAGAAGGGCUCCAUCACUUCGGUGCAGGCCAUCUAUGUGCCAGCUGAUGAUUUGACUGAUCCUGCUCCAGCCACAACAUUCGCUCACUUGGACGCCACCACUGUGUUGUCGCGUGCUAUCGCCGAGUUGGGUAUCUACCCCGCUGUGGAUCCUCUGGAUUCCACCUCUCGUAUCAUGGACCCCAACAUUAUUGGCCAGGAGCACUACAACGUUGCCCGUGGAGUGCAAAAGAUCUUGCAGGAUUACAAAUCUCUGCAGGAUAUCAUUGCUAUCUUGGGUAUGGAUGAAUUGUCUGAGGAGGACAAGCUGACCGUCGCUCGUGCACGCAAGAUCCAACGUUUCUUGUCGCAGCCAUUCCAAGUCGCCGAAGUUUUCACAGGCCAUGCCGGCAAGCUGGUCCCAUUGGAACAGACCAUCAAGGGCUUCUCACAAAUUUUGGCAGGAGCGUACGAUCAUCUGCCCGAGGUUGCGUUUUACAUGGUUGGUCCCAUUGAAGAAGUGGUUGAGAAGGCCGAUCGCUUGGCCAAGGAAGCGGCAGCCUAAGAAUAUAAUACAUGUUUAAACAAAAAAACAAAAACGGGCGUUGAAUAACCAUAAUAUUCAAUUGAUUUAAGCAUUAAAGUUGUCAAGAGUCAGAGACACUGUAAACAUCCGUAAGGAACACUACCCAUGAAGAAAAAUUAUUAAAUAAAAAUAUUUAAACAUA